AUGCAUGAUGACAGCAUCGCCCCGGUUACAACUUGCCUAGAGUCAGCGUUCCUUUCCAUCUAUUUCCCAACCGGUGCCAUGACGAUCAAUGGAGAAGAAGAUGGCCAUUUGGGCAGAUACUGCCUCUUCCCACGUCUGAAUUCUGCGCCAAUCACCCCGGAACGACAGCUCUAUGUUUCGAAUUUGGGAGUUGCACUGUCUCGGCAGUCGGAAGAUUUGUCCCUGUUAUUUCAGCUGGCAUGGGCCAUGGUUCUCAGACUAUAUACUGUCUCUGAGAAUGUUAUUUUCCUUUACGCUAAGACCGAUGACAGCGGGGUGGAAACAUGUGUGUGUGAUUUCGAAUUGACCAAUGCCACAUCACUUGCAAGCAUGGUCAACCAUGCCACUUGUGGUUCCCGGAUCCAAGGAAAUUUGUGGGAUGAUUGGCGUCGUCUGAAGGACAGGCACGGCACAAGGUGCAACACUGCGUUAGUACAGAAUCUGGCUGCUCUGGAAAGUGCCGCGCAAUCUACUUCGCGUUUUAAGGACAUCGGUAUGGUUUUGCAGGUUGAGGAGGUAGGGAAUUUGGAGUAUAUAACAGCCCUAGACUUCGAUACUUCUCUUAUAUGUAAAGAGCAGGCCUUGAGUUUGGUCGAAACCUUCAGACUUGCGGUGAAUCUACUUCACGCCGAGCCUCAUGCUCCAGUGGGUGAUUUUAAUCUUUGCAGUGCCCAUGAUAUCGAUCAAUUAAGCAAGUGGAAUGUGGCCUUGCCUUACCGCGACUCGGUCUGUGUCCAUGACGCCAUAAUCGAACAAUGUCUUCGAGCUCCAAAUAGACCAGCCAUUGACUCCUGGGAUGGUAUCCUGUCAUACUGCGAGUUGAACUGGAUGUCAUCUCAGUUUGCUGUACGUCUUCAUGCAGUGGGAGUCGGUCCAGGGUCCGUCGUGCCAUUAUGCUUUGAAAAGUCCAAAUUCGCCGUAGUUGCUCUUCUUGGAGUUCUUCGAGCCGGAGGAGCCUAUGCUUUCUUGGAUCCUUCCUACCCGCUAUCUCGAAUGGCCAGCAUGUGUGAAGAUAUGCAUGUAAACGUGAUUGUCUGCUCAGUCAAUUCUUCCGCAAUAGGAGCAAAGCUGGGCCUGCGGACAGUAACGUUGUCAGAAAAAGAGUUUAGCUCCAACCCCGAUAGGUCUGAGCAGCAAAGUAUUGGUUCGUCCGCAAGGGUGAACAAUCUAGUCUACGUUGCAUUCACAUCUGGGUCGACAGGCAAACCAAAGGGCGUGGCCAUUGAACAUGGUGCCUUCUACUUGAGGGCGAUGGCAAAUCGACUACCGCUGUCGUUGGAUCACCGGUCAAGAGUAUUGCAAUUUGCCAAUUAUGUCUUUGAUAUCAGUAACCGCGAUAUUUUAUAUACCUUGAUUUUUGGUGGCUGUAUCUGUAUACCGUCCGAAUUUGACCGCCACAAUAGCCUCGUGGAGUUUAUGGCCCAGAAACAGGUCAAUUGGGCCAGUCUGACUCCAUCAGUGGCCAGCCUGUUGAAACCGAGUGAUGUCCCUUAUCUUCAACACUUGGUGCUUAGCGGCGAGUCACCGACACCGCUCCACAUCGCCACUUGGGCAGACCGUGUGAAUCUCAUUAAUGCCUAUGGCCCCUGUGAAACUGUUACAGUAUCCUCGGUGCGGAAUUGCAUGGGCGCAUUCUCCAGUCAUACGAAUAUAGGCCAUGGAAGUGGAUCUGUCAUCUGGAUUGUGGAUCAAUACGAUCAUAACAAGUUGGCUCCCGUGGGUGCGGUCGGUGAGUUGGUGAUCGAGAGCCCAAGUAUUGGUAGAGGAUACAUUAAUAACCCAACGGAAACAACCGCAUCUUUCAUUCCCGCACCCCUUUGGCUUCAACAGCUUCGCAGUAAUACUCCACCGGAGCAGAUCUAUAAAACAGGGGACUUAGGUCGAUAUGAAUCCGAUGGAAGUAUUUGUUUUAUUGGCCGCAAAGAUGCGCAAGUUAAGAUUCGUGGGCAGCGCGUAGAGCUUGGCGAAGUGGAACACCAUAUUGAGCGAAGUUUGGGCCACGACACUGAGAUGUCCAUUGUUGUCGAUGACAUUACACCAAAGGGACUCCAUAGUCCUUUGCUCGUGGCCUUUCUCGCUCCCAGAAAAUGCACCAGACGUGCGGACGGAGAUAUAAAGGCUACCCUGAAAAGGAUUCUUCCUGAAUUGAAAAAGGAACUCGGCAAUAGAAUACCGACUUAUAUGAUUCCAAGCGCUUUCGUCCCAAUAGACCAGAUCCCGAUGACAACUACCGGAAAAAAGAACAGACGACAAUUACGAGAUAUUUGUGGUACGCUGACUCUAGACAUGCUGGGAAAAGUGCAGCUGCCAGAGGGCAAACGAGGACCAAACUGCGAGACGGGAAGGCGAUUACAGCAUAUAUGGGCAUCCGUACUUGGAAUGCAAUCUGACUCCAUUGCAGCAGGUGAUGGUUUCUUUCAAUUGGGUGGUGAUUCGAUCAGUGCGAUGAGAGUUGCCGCCCUCGCUCGGUCUGAGGGACUUGACUUGUCGCUGGCAGAUAUACUGGAAUACCAAAAACUGAGUCAUUUGGCCCAUGUCGUUUCCAAAAGACCGCUAAUUAACGUCGCGGUUAACUGUAGACCUUUUUCCCUCGUGGACGCAGAAAGUUUUAUGGCCAAACUUCCGGUCGAGUUGGACAAGGCUAGAUCGAAGAAUAUGAUAGCUGACAUCAUCCCUGCGACGGAAUCCCAAGUUUUUUUCCUUACUCAAUGGACGCUUUCAUCAUUUCGCUUUAUGUUGCAUGGAGAAAUUGACAGAUACCGACUUCGCGCUGCUUGCCGGGCUGUGGUAUCCCAACACACUAGUUUGCGGACCGUGUUCACAAAGCUCGGUGAUAGCUUCUUCCAGAUCGUGUUGAAAGAGAUUGAUGACGCCUUCGAUUAUAUUCGAACUAAGGGAAACUUGGAAUCAUUCUGCCAGUCAAUGUUAGAUAUUGACCUGAGCGCAUCGCCUCUGUCAGGAAAGCCUCUUGUCCAGUUCACACUGAUCUCCAGCUCAGAUUUAGAGCAUGCGUUGAUGGUCCGUCUCUCCCACGCCCAGUAUGAUGGCUACUCCUCUCCUGUCCUUUUCCAAGCCAUCUCUGCCUACUAUAACAACAGCUAUAAGACGACACCCACUUUUCCACACGCCACACCAUUCGCGGAAUACGUAUACGCCUGUAAUCGACAAAGAACUGAGGAAGGAUUCCAAUUCUGGCGAGGAAACCUCCAAGGCUCAUCCAUGACGUCGCCAGCUCCUUUAUUCUCUAGCUGUAAUGACCGCAUUCCCGUGGAUAUCAGGCAAUCAGCUAGUGGGAAUCUGCCCGCUCCCCCCCAGGACCUCACAGUGGCGACUUUAAUGAACGCAACCCUGAGCAUUGUCUUGGCACAGUUAGCGCAGAAGGAUGAUGUUGUGUUUGGUGUGGUUAUGAACACUCGCGACAUUCCUUUACAAGGCGUCCAGACAAUGCUCGGACCCUGCAUCAAUAUCAACCCUUUUCGGGUACGCCUGCUACGAACGGAAACUUUGUCAAACCUCUGUCAAUCUCUACACGAUCAAUACGCUCAAGUGGCUCGCCAUGGCUACUUGGAUCUUCCCGACAUUAUCGCCAACAGCACGGACUGGCCGCAGAGGACGAAACUCGGUUUUAUAAUAAACCAUCUCGAUGGAAAUAAGAAGCCUAUUCCCCUCUCACUGAACGGAGCUCUAUGUGCCGAUUCAUCGUGGACUGCGAAAAUUAACCUGUCCCAUCAAGUAUUGGUCCGCUCCAUUACGACGAAGGACCAGUUGACAGUCGAAAUCCUAACUUCCAGUGGACUCAUGAGGGCGGAAGACGCCAGUGCACUAGCCAGCAGGCUUGUAGACACUGCACAAAUACUCUCACAGUCUCUGAAUUUGUGUCUCCCCUCGUUGGAUUUCGGAUCAUCAUAG